CGUUCACACUGUAAACUAUAAAUUUACACAGGUAGAAGUGUUCCCGUUUGCGUAUCUGAAUUAACUUAAUCUUUGGGGUCUUACCAAUGGCCACAUGUUGCUCCCAGUUGCACACUACUUUGAAAUUCUGGGGUGAAGCCCGCGGCCAAAAUCAGCAGUACGCGCGGCCCUUCAUUAUAAGUUUAAUUCCGGUCCGAAUUUUCCCAUCUUCUAACGACCAAUACUAAUACCUUUCAGACUAGCUUUACGAUAACCAUGUCGGAUUUGGACUCGGAUGGCGAAGUGGCUGGCCAGGAAAUGGGCCCGAAUGCGCUGGAUGAGUUCCGGGAAAGUUGGCAGCGGGAGCUUCAAGGUCACACAAACACUGGAUCCCGGAAUCGUUCUGAAGCUGGAAGAGAUCCUCUGGCGACGGCAAACUCCAAUCUCAGCGAGGCAGAUCUCCUGCAAGCUAAAGCGGAAAGUCUUUAUCGUACCGCCGUACAGUUGGAGCAGCGGGGAAAGGUCUACGACGCAAUUCCCUUUUACCGGAAGGCCACCCAAAUCGUUCCGGAUAUUGAGUUUAAGUUUUACGAGCAGCAGAAGCUUAGCAGCGAUGCCAACAAGAAGUAUCACAAUCUGGCCAGCGAUUUGGCCAAGCAACUGGAUUUGGGCCAGAAGGAUUUUUCGGAAGGCGGCGAGGAGAUCGUCGACAACCUGUAUGAAAAGUUCCAGCAGGACCUGCGGCAGGACACCAUUUAUAACGGCAAGCUGUUUGCGUCCAGCAGAGAUUCAAGUGUCUUGACAACCGGCCUACACUUUGCGGAUCUUCCGCCUGAGAUUGUGAUGCGCAUCCUUCGUUGGGUGGUGUCCUCCCAACUGGAUAUGCGCUCGCUAGAGCAGUGUGCCGCCGUUUCCAAAGGUUUCUAUGUCUACGCCCGGGAUGAGGAGCUUUGGAGGCUAGCCUGUGUUAAGGUAUGGGGCCACAACGUUGGAUCCCUGGAGUCCCAGGAUUCGGACAUCAGCAAUGUUUACUACUCUUGGCGCGACAUGUUCAUCCGAAGAGAGCGUGUUCUCUUCAACGGCUGCUACAUCAGCAAGACCACGUACCUGCGAAUGGGAGAAAACAGCUUCCAAGAUCAAUUCUACCGCCCUGUGCAGCUGGUGGAGUACUAUCGCUACAUUCGAUUUAUGCCCGAUGGCAAGGUGCUGAUGAUGACAAGCGCCGAUGAGCCGACACAAGGUGUCUCCAAGCUGAAGAAUCUACACAACAUACGGCCUGAAAUGCUCCGAGGUCGCUAUCGACUGUUUGGAAGCACAGUAACUCUGGUGCUGCAAAAGUCGCAGGUGCGCGGAUCCGGACACAUCCGUCAGAGACGCGGGAGCAUUAUGCCCCUGGAGGAGGACUCCUCGCAGUUCCUCAUUGAGCUACGCAUCGCAGGAUCUACCAAGCGUCGUUGCACGCAGUUGGUGUGGUCGCACUACACACUCGUGCAGAAGCGUAACAAGGUGGACGUUAGCUCAGAGUUCGACCUGACAGAGGCCAAAUAUCCACCGCUUAGGUUCUCCACCGUAAGGAGCUAUCACCUUGAUGCCGAUGCACCUUUAGCUUAAGUUAGUUCAGCUUCCUACGAACGGAAAAUAAAACACUUCAAUUUGAAACCCUGUUAGAGGGGGAGUGAAAAUAACGA